CCCCUAGUGCUUCAUUUUUCACCUCGUAAUCAUCUGUAACAGCAUUUCGUUUUGUUUCAAAGGGAAAUGGUGUGAGAGAGACAGUAGAUAUAACCGAAUUUGAUGCCAUAAAUUUACCUUUUCUCACACUUUCACGUAAGUUAAAUCUUCUAUUCACAAGAUAUAUUGCUUCAUAGUGUUCUGCUUAAAUAAAAAAAAUAUAAAUGACAUAUUUUUAUCACACCAGGAAAAGACCCAGAACGAAACAGAAAGGAACAAACGUUUCAUUUUCUCUUGUAGAACGCACAAAAUGGCGAGUAAUAUUUUUCUCUUUUCUUUCCGCAAACAUGAUAAAAACAUCGCUAUUACAUGAAACGUAUUCCAUCUUCAAACUCCACCAUAAUCUGCAGGAGACGCAGUUGCAAUCCUGCUAGGAUACAAGAGAAAAUGCGAGGAUAACUAAGUCAGCAGAAAAUGACUGCGAAAAAUAUACACAGUGAAAUAUUGGACACAAGCGUUGUUAACUUCUCCAGUAAAAUGAAACCUUCAGCGAACGAACUACUCAUUCAAAUAAUUUCUGUAUGCUGCACUGAUACCAUACACUUUCUUGUUGUUUAAGAAAACUUAAAAAUCUUAAACAACAGAUUAUGUUUCUAACGUCGCUUUUGGUUUAUAUUGAGUUGUUCUCGAGAGAAUACGUUUUCUUUUUUUGUUGAACUUGAUCAUCGAAAGAGGUCCGGUAUCACAUAAUGAAUAUAAUUUACCGAGCGUUAACGUACAACGUUACCAAAUUAGUCGUUUCAACGACUACUAAAAAAUUAUUUACAGAUAAGUGAUUGUAAUAAAUAUAAAUAUCAAGUUUGAAACAGAAGACCAAAUCAACUUGAGAAUCAUUUUAAACAACAAUUUCCCUCAGCCUCCAUCAUCUUAGUUGAUUCUGCUGAAAACAGCCGUUCGCGAAAUUUAAAACCAAACCUUCGAAGUAAUGAUGAUUUCAACAAAUGUCAACAGCAAAAGUUUAUAUAUAUAAUCAUCAAAAAUGACUAAAAUUUAAAUGAGCAAUAAAAUGAUAUAGAUGAGCAAUAGUCAAGUUUAGCGGUAAAGAAAUUCAAUGAGCAAUAAUUAUACUGACUGAGCAGUAAUUAUACUGAUUGAGCAAUAAUUAUACUAAACGGGCAAUAAUAAUACUGAAUGAGCAAUAAAAUAAAAUAAGUGGGCAAUAAUUAAACUAACUAAACAAUAAUUUGUUCUGCUUUUAUCUAGGAUUUUUCCAAUCGUUCUUGUCUCUGCUUUUACCUGGGUGAUAUGAUCAAACAAUUUCAUCCGUAUGGAUUUGCAGUGUGCUCUAAUGAGGCAGAGAAAGAUUUUGAAUUCAUAUUUAUGUCUAUUCGUGAUGGUUUACAAGAUUUAAACAUGAACAUGAACGAACAAAAUUUAGUACUGGUUGCCGAUGGUGCUGAAGCUAUUAGAAAUGCGUUUUCAAGUGUAUUUGGAGAAGACCAUAACAUGGUCAUGUGCUGGUCUCACAUGCGGAAACGAGUACAAAAGAAGUUACAUUUAAUAGAAGAUAAAAAUUUGCACAAUGAAAUUAUGGAUGAUAUUGAUACCGUACAACUCUCAAACAGUCAAAAAACAUUUGAAGUUGCUACAAAACUAUUUCUGAAAAAAUGGAAGAGUGAAGAAAAAUUUCUUCAAUAUUUUUCAAGUGAAUGGCUCUAA